GUUCGCUCGUCGCCGCCCAGGCCCUCGCCAUGGCUGCCUCUCCGACCCCACUCUUCGUACGCGUCGCCCCAACAGCAGGCCAGGCCGGAGAGAGGCUGGAGAAAAAACUGCUGCGCUACUUCCAGUCCCCAAAGCGCUCCGGGGGAGGCGAAUGCGACGUGCGAGCCGAGGAUCCUGAGCGGGGCAUUUAUCGGGUGCAGUUCUGGUCGGAGGAAGCAAAGAGACAAGUGAAGGCAUCUAAGUUCCAUACCAUAAAUUCCCAUGACCAGACUCUGGACGUGUACAUCUUGCAAGAUUCUGAGAUGAUGGCUUCUGCAGAAAAAUUAUUUACACAAAGCUUGACACACCAGGCUACCAGCCCUUUGAUUUCAAACACUGGACAAUCCCAAAAUAGUUUUGGAAAGAAGCAGCUGAGUGAAAAAUAUACUGAUAAUCUACUAGCAAGUGCUACCAAAAAGAUAUUUUGCUGCGUUUCUGCCACUUUGAAUACUGACUUGUUCACCAAAGAGGAAAGGGAUCAGGCGGUAGCUCAAUGGCCCACGUUAAAAAUAGAAAACAGCUCAAGAGAGCUUGGUGUAGAAAUGGUGACAGGAGAUUAUGAUGAUAUUGGAAAGUUGCACCGUUAUCUUGAGAUGCUUCUUGCAAGGUCCCGUCAUGGCGGUGAAUCCACACAACCUCCAGGACAGAAUGAUUUGGAAAAGAUGCCUAUGAAUGACUGGAAAGAAAGGAGUGAAAAAGAUGUUGAAGAGGCCUUCAAUAUGGAAGUUCCUUCAGAAAUCUUUGAUUACUUCAGCCAUGUCUACAAGGGAGAAGUUGAAGAAUUGGAGCAAAGGUUUGGCAUAAAACUAACCAGUAUAGAAGUUGGCAGUGGGAUAACACUGGUACGAUUUGCUUCCGAUGGGAAUUCUAGCUGCAUAGAGAAAGCUCAUCAGAGUUUUGUUACAGCUUUCCAGAAAGUAGCAGCAGAUGUGAAACAGGAAAUUGUUACUCUUACUGACAUCCACCAGCUCACUAAAGCAUCAGAUAUGUUAAACACCAAUUUUAAAAGCAUCCUUGUUAAACCUCAGGGAAGCAUGUUAAUUCUUCGUGGCCCUGCUACAGACCUUUCAGCUGCUAAAGAGCUUAUUAAAGAAAUGGAGGCAGAAAACAUACAUAAAAAACAUGAUCAUUUUUCUAAAACAGGUAUUUUACUUGAUGCUGAUGUGUUUGAACUCUUGGAACCAAAGUUAGUGUCAGAAAUUCAGUCUAUAAACCAGACAUGUGGAACACUCAUGGAGAAAAAGAAAUGUCUCAAGAGUAAAACAGCAUGCAUCAUUUUUAAGCCUGAGCCGAAGAAGAAAAUACCAGACCUAACUUCACAGGCUUAUGGAAACUUCUCCAGAGCUUACCAGAAGGCCUUAGCAACACUCAUAGAAAAAGCAAUCCCCUUGAAACAUUCACCAGAUCUGGGGAAAAAGGUAAAUGAGUUCCUUGUGCCUUUGCAAACAGAAAAUCCCAGAGUUCAACUGAAAAAAGCGAAAAAUGAAUUGCUGAUAAUUGGCUUUCCAGAACAUGUGUGUUCAGCUGAAAAACAUAUCCUACAGUUUUUGGACACUGACCUCCCUGCUCUUCCUGCAGGCACGGUGUCGCCCAAUCACACCUUCAGAGCUGGAACAGGUUCAGAACCAUCCCAUGAACACGACGACAGUGGCCACAAAGUGCGCUCAUUUCCUCCUGGAGAUCCAUCCUAUGUAAAGCCUCCCAGGGCUCAACCAGAAGAAGAGAUGUGCUCCAUCUGCAUGGAUAAAAUCUACCAGAAAGAAGUACUGCGCAAAUGCAAGCAUGGUUUUUGUAAGGGGUGCAUUCAAGAGGCAAUGAAAUAUAAGCCAGUGUGCCCCGUGUGUAAUGUGUCCUACGGGAAAAUAGAAGGAAAUCAACCACCAGGGAAGAUGGAUAUCUCUAAAAACCGGAUGUCUCUUCCUGGUUAUGACGGAUAUGGGACUAUCUCCAUUACUUAUCAUAUACCCAGUGAUAUUCAAAAAAAAAACCAUCCAAACCCAGGAAAAAGAUUUCAAGGAGUAACACGGACAGCAUAUUUACCUGACAACCCAGAGGGGAGAGAGAUUCUAAAACUGCUUCAACGGGCCUUUGAUCAAAAAUUGAUUUUCACAGUGGGCCAGUCACGUACAACUGGACUGAGUGAUGUUGUUACCUGGAAUGACAUUCACCACAAAACUAGUAUAUUUGGAGGGGAAAGUGGGUUUGGCUAUCCUGAUCCUAAUUAUCUGAAGCGUGUUCGAGAAGAAUUGAAGGCAAAAGGAAUUGAAUGAGUGUUUUUUCAAUCACGGUCCAGAAUGUAUUUCUGUCAUAAUAUGUACCAUUUAUUUUAGCCAUUGUGAAGAUGGGGGAAAGUUAAAAUGUUCUUUGGAAAUUAUCCAAAGUGCCACUUAUCCACUACAAGAUUGUGAUCUGCAAAAUAUUUGCUGCAAUAACAAUAAGGUUUAUGGGCUUUCAACUAAAGCUGAAAUCUGAACACAUUACAAAAUCAUCCAGUUGACUUUAAUAGAAUUUAACUUUCAAAUUACUGUUCUAAGCAGAUGUAUAAAUGAUCAGAAAGUAGCAGAGCUAUUUGUAAUUAAAGUAAAGAUUAUCUAUUUCA